CCAAAUCUCUUCUCGCGAGAAUAGGAGUGGGCCCGUCCCGUCAGCGCUUACUAAAGCUGGAGACGCCUUACGAGCUAAAGAGAUGUUACAGUCUGUUUGUAGAAGGUAUAUUUCGUGAAACGUGACAGCAAGUAAAAGUUUCGAAGAGACUGUCUGAUCUGCCCAGAGAGCUUUGCCUGGGGCGGGGGCUAAAGAAAAACAUUCCGCUAAGGAGUCUUCAGAUUAUGACAGCCAGACGAGUCUUAAAUCCUGUGCAGAGGGUGGCAAUAUUCGGGGGCACACAUGGUAAUGAAUUAUCAGGAGUUUUCCUAGUCAACCACUGGUUAAAACAUGGAGAGGAGAUAGCAAGACCUGGCAUUGAGGUGAGGCCCUUUAUUACCAACCCAGGAGCUGUGGAGAAAUGUGUUAGAUACGUUGACACUGACCUUAACAGAGUGUUUGACUCUGAAAAUCUUAGGAAUGAAAACAACUUGAACUUAUCAUAUGAAGUUAAAAGAGCUCAGUAUAUCAAUUCCAUAUUUGGGCCUAAAGGUAGCGAAGAUGCUUAUGAUGUCAUACUGGAUCUGCACAAUACAACAUCACACAUGGGUGCAACACUAAUUUUGGAAGAUUCCAAAGAUGAUUUUACAAUCCAGAUGUUUAACUAUAUUAAGACUUCCAUGGCACCACUAGCUUGUUCUGUCUUGUUAAUUGAGCAUCCACGGUUAAAAUAUGCAACAACACGUUCUAUAGCAAAGCAUCCUAUUGGAGUGGAAGUAGGACCCCAGCCUCAAGGAGUUUUAAGAGCUGAUGUUCUAGAUAAAAUGAGGAGGAUUAUAAAACACGCCCUUGAUUUUAUCAACUAUUUUAACGAUGGUAAAGAAUUUCUACCAUGCAUCCUAGAGGUAUUCAAAGUAUUGGAUAAUGUUGCGUAUCCUCGGAACGCAAAUGGAGACUGCACUGCCAUUAUCCAUAACAAUCUGCAGGACCAAGACUGGAAGGAAUUAUAACCUGGAGAUCCAAUGUUUCUCACUCUGGAUGGGAGAAUGAUAGUGUAUGAAGGAGAUUGUAUAGUAUAUCCAACAUUUAUCAAUGAAGCUGCAUACUAUGAAAAAAAUCAGGCUUUUACAACAACACAGAAAAUGACAUUAUGUGCACAAGCAAUAAGAUGUACAGAACCAAAAUAAAUGUAUUAUUAAAACUUGUGGGCUUGCUUAUA